AUGAGGAACAAAGACAAUAAAGAAAUAAGCUCGUCCUCAUUGCUUUCCAAUCAACAUGGAUCAACAUUCAAGUGCAACUGGAUCAUCAUCAUCAUCUUGUUCUCUUCUUUUCUUAUCAAUUUGAUGUUCACAGGAUUUGUGUGGUUGAAGCUCAACAGUCUACACACACAACAAGUUGCACAAUUGCAACAGAAAAUUGAUGAGCUGCAGAGAAAUGUAGCAGAAAUGCAAGACGAUCAAUCAUCAACAAGUCAGAUGACAAAAGACAUUAACAUUCUAUUGUCUUCACAGGAAAAACAAAGAAACACAAGAUCUGAAUCUUUAACAAAACAAUCACCAGUUAUAGAUGGAAUUGCAUCUGCAUUUGCAUUAGCAAUAAAACAGUUGUGUAAACCGUCAGGAGCUGUGUGCAUUGCUGGUCCAAAAGGAUCACCUGGACGAGACGGUAAAGGAGUUCCAGGGCUUCCCGGUGUCUGUGGAGCAAAAGGAUCAUCUGGAAAACAGGGUCCAAAGGGAGUAGGAGAGAAAGGAGAAAUGGGACACAAAGGUGAGAUGGGAAUGAAUGGAGAACGAGGAGAAAAGGGAGAUCAAGGAUCACCAGGUGCAGCAGGAAUACAAGGAGGAAAGGGAAGGAAAGGAGACAAAGGUGUAAAUAGUGACCUACUACUACCCAGUCCAUGUUACUCUCAUAAUCAUCGUGUUUUAAAUGAAACUUGGAGGAAAGUAUCACAACAUAGAGAUACAGUUGGUAGUCAUUGUGACUAUGAAGGUCACUCUUAUAACAAACACGGAUUUCAACCAGGAUGGAACAGGUUUAGCCCUACAAUCGGUGGAGCUAUGCUGGAGAGAUGUCCAUCUUUCCAACACUGUGGAACAGGUGGGCCAGGAUGGUUGAAAGGAUCACAUCCAAUUGUUAUUGGUCAGAAUGUGUCACAAACAGUGUGUUUUCACUAUGGCAAUAACUGUUGUAGAAAUCAGGUUACUGUUCAAAUCAUUAACUGUGGUUCUUAUUAUGUUUAUAACUUACCUAAUGCACCUGCUUGUCACUUGGGAUACUGUGGAAAGGCAGCAUGAAGUACACAUAGAUU